AUGCAAGAAAUUUUUGUAAAAUAUCGAAUUCAAAACUCCAAAUCAGGCACAGCAACGAUUUGGGCGACUGCUACAAUUCCAAGACUGAUCUUCAUAACAAAAUCUCAGACAGCCGCCAGUCUGCCGUCUAAUUUAUCCAGCUCUAGUAAUGAUGAGGAUCCUUCAAGCUCUAGUGAUCCUACUCCUGGCCCUCCCACUGUCUCUACUACCUCUUGUGGUCUAAUUGAACCGAUAAGCCUCACAAACUUAAAACUUCACGGAAUACAUCAUCAUUUGACCAAUAUCAGGAAAAACUUUAUUAACGAAGAACAGAUAAAUAAUGAAUCAUAUUUCUUGAAAGAUGCCAACGUCAGUCGUCUAUUCAACAGAUACCAAAAUGCCGUUGGACAGAUGCAAUACCUGAUGAAAAUGGCAACUCCCGACCUGAUUCCGUAA